AUGCUUAUAAAAGACCAAUCAAUUCCUUUCAUGGCCAUUCCUUCAGUUCCUAUUUACAUCAACGGUAGUUCUUUAUCCAACGCGUCUAUUUCUGCACCCGUCGAGUUGGCUCUAACUAUUUUAAAACCCAUAACUACUAUCGACUCGGACGAUUUGUGGCAUCCCAUAGUUUUUAACGAAAACUCCAGUCGUUAUUUCGAAAGUCUGGAAAACAUUCUCGGCUACGUUUCUGGGAACGGUAGUGAUAACGGAUUUGUGAAGGACAACAGGACAAUAGAAGUUGACAAUGCCACGGUGCAGCUGGUGUCCAUGAUAGUGACAGCCAUAUUGUUGGGGUUCAUCAUCUUAUCGACUAUUAUAGGAAACGUGUUUGUGAUAGCUGCCAUCUUGCUAGAAAGAAACCUUCAAAACGUAGCCAACUACUUGAUCCUAUCGCUGGCCGUGGCGGAUCUUCUGGUGGCGUGUCUCGUGAUGCCUUUGGGAGCCGUUUACGAAGUGAGCCAGGAAUGGGGUCUGGGGCCAGAAUUAUGUGAUAUGUGGACGUCAAGCGAUGUAUUAUGUUGCACCGCUUCUAUUUUACACCUGGUGGCUAUAGCAUUAGACCGAUACUGGGCAGUCACAAAUAUUGAUUACAUUCAUCAAAGGACCUCGAAGAGAAUCGGCAUCAUGAUUUUCAUCAUCUGGCUGGUUUCCUUCUUCGUCUGCAUAGCUCCCCUUCUCGGUUGGAAAGACCCAAACUGGGAAGUCAGACUGAGAGACAAGAAAUGUAUAGUUAGCCAAGACAUUUAUUAUCAAAUAUUCGCGACGGCUUCGUCGUUUUAUCUUCCUUUGAUGGUCAUAUUGGUACUGUAUUGGAGAAUAUUUCAAACUGCGAGGAAACGAAUCAGGCGGAGGCAGGUGCUGAGCAAAGUUAACGAAGAAGGAGGGAAGAAUCCUGCUGCUGGAGGAAUUGCUGGAGGACUGGCUGCUGCUAGUGGUACAGGCGGAAUCGCAGCAGCCGUUGUAACUGUAAUAGGCCGACCUCUACCUACGAUAUCAGAAACAACAACGGCAUUUACCAACAUAUCCUCGAACCAGAGCAGUCCCGAAAAGACCUCCUUCGCCAACGGCCUCGAAGCCGACCUCCCCACCACCACAGAGUGCAGCGUCAGUUACCAACCCCAUCACUACCCCAUCAAACGAAAAAACAGGGACGGCAUGGACUCCAAACGUGAACGAAAAGCUGCCAAAACGCUGGCGAUCAUAACCGGAGCCUUCGUGCUCUGCUGGUUGCCGUUUUUUAUAAUGGCGGUCCUGCUGCCCAUCAACCCAAAUCUCUUUGAUAAAUAUUUGGUGUCUAUAUGUCUAUGGUUAGGUUAUUUCAACUCUACUCUUAACCCUAUAAUUUAUACGAUAUUUAGUCCGGAAUUCAGGCACGCUUUCAAGAAGAUUCUUUGCGGCCGGAACUACGCUAGACGAAAUAGACAUUUUGGAGUUAGAAACUUUCAAUGA